AUGACAUAUUGUUCCGCCUAAUUACAGUUGACUUCGAUGAUCUUUAUAAUUGGAUUAUUAAAUUCAGAACAUCCUCAUCGUCUAUCCUUGGUCAUUUUAGUUGGAUUUGAUUUGAAGGUGCUUCUGUUGUUAUCUCAGAGACUUGGAUUUGAAGGUGCUUCUGUUGUUAUCUCCUCUCGCAAACAGGAAAAUGUAGAUGAAGCAGUAAAGAAACUGAGAGAUGGAGGAAUUGACGUGUUGGGAUUAGUAUGUCAUGUCUCAAAUGCACAACAGAGGAAGAAUUUGAUAGACAAAACCAUUCAGAAAUAUGGGAAACUAGAUGUGGUUGUGUCAAAUGCCGCUGUCAAUCCUUCAGUAGAUGCAAUCUUAGAAACUAAAGCAUCAGUCCUUGACAAGCUUUGGGAUAUCAAUGUCAAAGCGUCUAUACUAUUACUACAAGAUGCAGCUCCUUACCUUAAGAAUGGUUCAUCAGUUGUUCUAAUUUCCUCAAUUUCUGGUUACUCGCCACCAGCUUCAAUGGGUAUGUAUGGGGUGACAAAAACUGCGCUACUCGGACUUACAAAGGCUCUUGCAGCUAAAAUGAGUCCAGAUACUCGUGUAAACUGUGUAGCACCAGGUUUUUUACCUACCCAUUUUGCUGAUUUCAUCACGAGUAAUGAACAAGUGAGGACAGAGAUUGAGGGUAAGACAUUACUCAAUAGGCUUGGAACAACACAAGAUAUGGCUGCGGCUGUUGCUUAUUUGGCUUCUGAUGAUGUUGCUUAUGUAACUGGAGAAACUCUGGUUGUUGCUUGAGGAAUGCCUUCGAGACUCUGACUUCUCGAUUGCAGUGCCUCCCCUUGUGGUUUUAGCUCGCUUGCGUCGGGCUAGGAGGGACAUGCUUAUGAUGUUAUGCAAGUCCUGUGACCGGUACCAAGGGGAAGCAUGAAUCAGACCAAUAAGACACUGCUCUCUGCAUGUCGUUACAACAACAGAAGCCCACACUGGAAUUUCAUUACCUUAUUCCUUAAACCACUUUUGUAGAACUUCUUGCUUUUAUCUCUCUUCACCUUGAGAGCAAAUGGCAGGGUGUCACGUCCCGAGAGGGUACCCUAGACAUGACCGGCACUCAGAAACCAUUUCUGGCUCCCAAGCGAACCACAUAGCCGAAUCACACAUCCGUUCAUUCAUUCAAUCAGCGGAAGACUUAAAAUAAAGAGAAUAUAUGGCGGGCAACUCAAAUCAUCAAUCUAACUCAAGAAUAAAGGUCGUGGGCCAACAAAUCAACUCCAAUAUUUGUCAUUUAAAAAUAGUUUAACAAGAAUAAUUCAAGGAAAGAAAUGCUCAAUCGACCCAUUACUAUCUAGUCUAUGAAGCCUCUAUCACAACUAUCUAAUUGGUACCAAUGACAUGUUCAUGGCUACCUCAAAUUAAAAUGGAAAGGGCUAACUCGACGCGAGAAUAACAUAAGUGGUGUCCCCCAAAUGU